CAGAAAGUGUGUGGAGCUCGAGUCCGCAAGCCACGGCCCAGGCAUGCUCGGACUAGCAGAUUAAAUGGCGUCUUUCAAAACGGAUUUAUACCAGCAUCUGCUGCUUCUUGCGGUAUUUCUGUCAGUCUCAGGUGUGAGGAGUUUUAGUGAGCUGUUUUUUAUUAAGGAGCCCCAUGAUGUGACCGUAUCGAGGAGGGAUGCUGUGGUUUUGGACUGUCAGGCCCACGGCGAGGCUCCCAUCGGGAUCCGGUGGCUGAAGAACGCAGCGGCGCUCACAGAGUCAGAGCGUGUUUACCUGCUCGCCAACAGCUCUCUGUUCAUCUCAGAGGCGGAUAGUCGUAAAGACAAAUCAGAUGAAGGCUUCUACCAGUGCCUUGCACAGAACAAAUAUGGAUCUAUUCUCAGCCAGAGAGCGCGCUUGACUAUCGCAGGUUUAUCCUCCUUCACUCAGCAGCCGGCAUCAAUCACGGUGAUGGAGGGAUCUGUCGCACGAUUCAGCUGUAAGAUCACAGCCACGCCCCCACCAAUCAUCACCUGGGAGUUCAACAGAGUCACUUUACCACUGGCCACUGAAAGAAUCACAGUCCUGCCCGGUGGAGUUUUACAGAUUCAGGGAGUUGAACGGGCUGAUGCUGGGAGUUACCGCUGUGUGGCCGUUAAUAUGGCCAGCCGCCGCAGGAGCUCUGAGGCCGAGCUAACCGUGACCACAGCUCCAUCUCCCAGAGUUCCUCAAAGACCUCGUAUCAUCGCCGGGCCGCAGAAUCUGACCGUGGCGCUUCACAGCACAGCUCUGCUGGAGUGCAUGGCGACCGGAAACCCUCGUCCGCUGAUCUCAUGGAGCCGAUCCGACCAUAAAUCCAUUGACGUUCACAAAACAAAGGUUCUCGGCAAUGGAAACCUGCUCAUAUCCGACGUGAAACCCCAGCAUGCUGGGAUCUACUUUUGCCGUGCGACUACGCCGGGAACCAGAAACUACACGAUUGCAGCCGCUAAUAUAACUGUGCUAGCGGCGCCGUCUCUCGUGGAAUGGCCUGAAAGCGUGACCCGACCGAGGGCUGGUACCGCCCGCUUUGCGUGUGUGGCAGAGGGAUCUCCAAAGCCUCAGAUCACAUGGCUGAAGAACGGUGAACCUGUUCACUCCAAUGGACGUGUCAAGAUGUAUAACAGUAAACUGGUGAUUAACCAGAUCAUUCCUGAAGAUGACGGCAUAUACCAGUGUCAGGCGGAGAAUGAGCAGGGGUCAGUUCUGGCCAUGGCUCGUCUGAUCGUAGUGAUGUCAGACAACCGGCCGAGCGCACCCAGAAACAUCCGUGCGGAGACCGUGUCCUGCUCAGCCAUCCUACUGGCCUGGGAGAAACCCAUGUACAACUCGGACAAAGUCAUCGCCUACUCUGUGCACUACAUGAAGGCAGAAGGUCUAAAUAACGAAGAGUACCAGAUUGUUAUCGGUAACGAUACUACCCGCUACAUCAUUGAUGACCUGGAGGCUGGGCGGAACUACACCUUUUACAUCGUAGCGUACAUGCCUAUGGGUGCCAGCCGCAUGUCUGACCACGUCAUACAGCACACACUCGAGGACGUCCCCUUGCGUGCUCCUGAGUUGAGCCUCACCAGCCGCAGUCCGUCUGAUAUCCAGGUGUCGUGGCAGCCUCUGUCUCAUAAGCUGAGCCGCGGUCGUGUGUCUGGGUACCGCCUCUCAUACAGGACCAGCACAGAUGGGGCAGUGACACAGCUGGAGCUCUCAGGACACAAAACCCAUCACCUCCUGGAGGGUCUUCAGCCCGACACCACGUACCUGCUCCGCAUCUCUGCAGCGACCAGCGUGGGAUGGGGAGAACCAUCGGCCUGGACGUCCCACAGGACACCGAAGGCCUCCAGCACUAAAGUGCCCCUGGCACCAGUGCUUCAGCUGGAGUCUCUGAACUGCACGACUGUUGUUUUGCGUUGGCAUCUCCCAGCGGGCAGCACCACUGGUCUGCAGGGCUACAAACUUUCCUACCAUGAAGAGAGUGAACCAGCAGGACCACCGACCCAGGUUCCCCCUCACCAGCGCCAGCACACGAUUGGAGGCCUGGAUCCAAGAAAAAAGUACCAUGUCAAACUCCUGGCUUAUAGUUUGAUGGGUGAAGGAUACCAGGCAGACCAGACCAUCAGCACACCGGGAUGUGUUUCGGUCCGUGAUCGCCUGGUCCCGCCCCCUCCGCCGCCUCAUCACGUUUACGCCCGCAGUAACUCCUCCUCCUCUGUGUUCCUGCAUUGGGCCCGACCCGCUUUCACCGGCGGACAGAUGGUCAGCUACACGGUGCGCUGUAACCCGGUGGGCCUGCAGAACGCCUCGCUGGUGCUGUACCUGCAGACGGCGGCCCAGAGUCUGAUGGUCACUGAUUUGGACCCAAACACCAAUUAUGAGUUUGCAGUUCGUCUUCAUGUGGACCAGCUGUCCAGUCCCUGGAGUCCCGUGGUUUACCAGAACACACUACCUGAAGCUCCCACUCGAGCUCCUGUAGGAGUGAAGGUCACUCUGAUUGAGGGAGAUACGGCGCUGUUGUCCUGGAAAGCUCCUGACGAGCUCAACAUCGCCGUGACUCGUUACACCAUCCUGUACGCAUCACGCCGAGCCUGGGCAGCUGGAGAGUGGCACAUCCUGCAGAGAGAAGGGAGUGUCACGAUGGCCCUGCUGGAGAAUCUUCAGUCCGGUCUGGUGUACCUGGUGAAGGUCUCAGCGUCCAAUCAGAUGGGAGAUGGGCCGUUCUCACCUGCUGUAGAACUGACCGUGGCUACAGAUGGACACACCCCCCGAGGACAUGGCUCCGCCCCCGGCACAGCGUUUUCUGAUGGUUUCUAUCACCUGGAUCAGAGGUCCAUGACGGGGAUUGUGGUGGGCGUGUGCAUCGCUUUAACUUGCAUUAUCAUCUGCAUCUUCAUACUGGCCUGCAGGAGCAAAACCAGGAAAUCUUCCACUACCAAAUCCAUCAGACAAGCAGGAGGACAGACUCCGCCCACUGCUGUCCGUCUGGCCAAUCAGAGUCAAGAUGAGAGUGUGGAGGUGAUGAUGCCCAUGAUGAGGGAUCAUUUCAUAGAUGCAAAGGGCGGAACAAAUCUGAUCAUUAACAGCUGUGGACCAGUGAAGCCCACCACUGAGAAGAAGAAAAGAAAGAGGUGGAGCUUCUUUAAGAGGGAUAAAAAGGAUGUGAAGAGGGUCUCCAGUCCAUCUUACUCCUAUCAUCAUGGCACCACGCUGCUGUGUUACACAGAAAGCUCUCCUCAACACCCGCCGUCCUCUCUGCAGGGCCUGUUUGGGCCAACAGGGGGCGACAGUGAAGGCUCUCAUUCCAGCGAGGGCAGCCACGAGACGUGCGACUCGGGACGCUACUCUCAUGAUGACACUGAGGCUACUAACCUGUCUAUGGGUGCCGGCAGUCACCCGGCUUCCCUGCAGGGCGAGGAUAGCGAAGCGUCGGACAGGAAAACACCCGUUCACGAGGGUACAGAGAAAAAGCUGCAUCCCCACGUGAUCCUAAUGACACUUCAGAAACAGGAAAUGAUGGAGCAACAUCCUGUUUAGCAAAAAACCCUUGUGCUCUCUAGCGCCCCCUUCUGCUUAAACGGACUACUGAGCAAGUCCUGGACGACCCGAGACGUCCACACGGCCCUCUUUCUCGGUGAAUGUAUUUGUUUCUCUCUUUUGUUUGUCUAAAAGAAACUCAAACCUCACCCACCAUGAAUGUGUGUCGUGAAUGUCAUGUUUUCCUGACAUUACCUCAGGGAGAGAAAGCGGAAGAGCCUCUCUUGACUUCAGAAACUAAUCUACCUCAGUUCAGUAUUUAAUUAACUCGACAGUGUUGUUUUCAUGUUCGUUUGUCUGUAUGUUUAAUCCUGAAGUGUGAGAUUGCGAAGACCCUGGUGUGAGGCGCAGCAGCAGCCAAUCAGAACAUAGUUGCUGUUUAAUAUGCAGGACUUUGGACCAAUAGGAAUUCACAGUGGGCGGAGCUACCCGGCUCAUUGCAUCACACAGCUAGGAUGGUGUUUUUUACCUACCUCAGGUUCAUAAACGUUAAACUUUCAGUUAAAAGUUUUACUCUGAUGCUUACAUAUGAUUUAUUUGCGACUCCACUUCAGGUCAUGUUAGAUUUCUCAGGUCUGCCGUAUGAAUGUGUGUCAUAUUUUUGCUCUUAUAGUCCCUGUUUUAUACUACCUCGUUAUACCUUUUGAUUUUAAGCAGCAGUUGUGUUUGAUUUCUUUGUCUCAGGGAUGAUUUGAAAGCCAUGUGUUUUGUAUAGUGACAUGGUUUGAUGGACAGGGUUUUUUCCGGGCGCUUGAAUGUGUGUUUUAGCUCAGUUGUGGAGACGGAUUUCUUUUUCCGUAGUUUAUUUCUUCUUUUGAGUACGAAGUUACCAAAACUGCUGGGCUUUUCUUAGUUCGGCAGAACCGAUAGCUUUAAACAAUGGCCUUAACAUGUGAAUAGCUGCAGAUGAGAGAUUGAAACCAAAAAUAAUAAUCAAAUCUGAAUAAUCAGGACAGCUUUUUGCCUCCAAAGAUAUCUAUUUUUCUCGACAUGCAGUAUAUGUACUACUACUGAGUAUGCAUUUUAGUUACUUUAGUGCUUUGAAAUAGUGGAUGCAAUUUUAGAUUUAGGAUCAUGAGUGUAGCACUUGUCUUGUUUUGUAGUUUUUUCACGCAGCUGUAUGUGCAACGGUGACACACCAUCAUCCGCUGAGCUGUUUGCUGUUUCGUUUCUUAUUUCUGGUUCGCUGGUCUUCUGGAUGAUACGAUGACAAUGAGAUUAUCCAUGAAUCAAACCAAAGAUGUUUCAGCCAGAGGCCGGCGAACGCCCCAAAAA